GGUGUGUUCCGUUCCAAUGACGGCAACUCGUCGCUUCGACACCGCACGCUCGACGCACAUAUCUACUGAAACAGCCGAAGUUCUAUUAUUUUCCUCGUCAUCCGGAGCAGCCGCGAGACCGCAGCUACAAUACGUUCGGUCUAUCAUUGCCGUUCCGCUGUUAUGUGAGAGAGUGUUGCUGGUGACUGACGGUGGUGUGGACACAGCCGUGGUGAAGGUUGCGUGGUGAGAAGAGGGCUUCCCACGGAUACUCAAGCGCUGAAUUCGAGCAACGAACGCCUUAGAUCGGCAUCGGAGAUUUUGAAAUGGCCUUUCUUGAAGUUCCGUCGUCGCCGUCUUCGGAACCGACAUCGCUUUCGAAUAUUGUCGCCGAAGAUGAGACUCACAGAGAAUUCCGCGAGCUGCUGGAAAGUGCCGCAGAGAACGCGGCGAACGAAACGUCAUCGAUCGCUGUCCGGCCGUCGAAGGGGUUUUGCGUCAAGUUCAAACGUGUCGAUGAAGCCCACAAGAAAGCCUUCAUCAACAUUUGCCACACCUCUGAGAUCCCGGCACCGAUCGACAUAAGCGAAAGCGAAUUGACGAGUCUCCUGGAGAGUGAAUCCGCGGCGAGCUACCGUGUUCCGUUGAGUCUGGGUGUACCUCAUGACGAAUUGGACAAGAAAGGAGAACCCUGCACCGCUUAUGAUGUCAUAAUCAAUUCGAACUUCUAUCAGAAAUGUCUCUCAGCGAUCGUGUUCAAGGAGUUUGUUACAUUGCUGGCUGCGCAGGGCAUUGAAGACAAGUACUCGAUCGUGCUUUCGAGGACGGACUACGUCACCCUGCAAAACAGAAAAUACCUGGGUUCAAUGCCUCAGCACUAUAUUCGGGACCGGGGUACUACCAAACCGACGCCUCUCAUCGACGAAGUAGAGACGCCUAAGAGAGAGGAGAGAGUAGCUGAACCUAUGCCUCGGAAGGCUCCUCCGAAUGUUCGUCUGAACCGAGUGCAGAAACCGGGAAGAUGCGUCGAGCACCUCGUGGCAGAAAUCGAGAUACCGCACAUGACGAAGCCGAAUGAGGUGAAUCUCGAUAUGGCGAAGGACAGGAUCCUCGUACAGAGAGCCACCGCCGUGAAACCAGAAGUGGAUGUGUAUCUUCCUCUCGAACUCGAUGUCGACAACGUCAAGGCUCAAUACGAUCAUAAGACACGCCUCCUGCGUAUCGAUGCUCCAAUUCUAAAAGUCCAGUGA